AUGGAGCCAUUAUCUUUGGCAGUCGGCUUUGCUGGUUUAGCAGGGCUUUUUUCGACCUGCGUUGACUGUUUUAAACUAGUCCAAGUUUAUGAUUCACGCGCUUCAGAUUAUGAGGUAUUGCAGACAAUGCUUGACAACCAACAAUUCCACUUUAUGGCCUGGGGCAAGGCGUGUGGUUUCAUGCAUCCAUAUCGUACAAACUCCAAGUUCGACGAUCCAACCUCUUCUCUUCGUAACGAGCGAAUAGAGCAGACAAUGGAAAAGAUCAAGUCUCUACUUACGAACGGUGACCACUUGAAAGAGAUUUACGGGCUCAAAGUCCAACGACCACCGCUAGGGUCGAAAUUUACCGAGGCCGCAUCGUAUAGUGCUUUCUCCCGAGCUUUCCAGAAUACGAAAGCUUUCUGCAAUACAAGCCUGCAGCGAAGGGUCCAUAUCAUUGGCUCUAUUCGAUGGGCUGUGAGCGAUCGGGAUAAAUUCGACCGGCUCGUGCAGAACAUAAAGGAUCUACUUGGAGACCUGACAAAGUUCACUGAAGAUAUCGGGGUCACCGAGUCUCAACACCUAAUCGUUGAGUACGAAAUAGAAAUGAUUGACGACGAGCCCAGCCUAGCAGUAAUUGCAGCAGCCAGUGCCUGUGAUGGUGAUGAUGACGUCCUCUCCCAGGUUGCUAGUCGCAGGCUCCAGAUGGUAAAGGAACAGUCCGUUGCCAAUCAAUCAGUGAGAUUCGAUGAUAGCGUUUCAAUGGCUUCCGCUCAGUAUUACACUCCUUCUAUGAGCACACUUAUCGAAGAUGAGGAUCAUACCGUUAUACAGGAAAUCGGUGUUACCCGGGUGCCAAUAUCGGAAUGGCGUAAAAUGAAAACCCGCACCGGGAUAAUCCCGUGGCUGAAAAUACUUGUCGUUGCAACGAGCUCAUCAGCUGAUGGGGUAGAGAUGCGAGACUAUAUCCAACCGCUGUCGAGAACAAACACUCUUAGCGGGAGCGUGGAACCCGUUGCGCGUGAGGGGCUGCUCCGAAUAGCAAUCAACUCGCAUACCCUUCUUAGUGUCCUGAAGAGAAUAACACGUUGUAACCUCACACCAAAACACAAUGUGCUGGUUUAUCCCUUCAAACCCCUUAUUCUCUCUUAUGAUUCCCUCCGGAAUUACCUAACAGUCAUGCGCGACAAACUUGGCACCCUACGUAAGCCUGAUGACGCUCACACGCCGGAAGAGACUGCUGGAUGUGUCCCCGAUCAGCCGAAGCCAGCUCCAGAGAAUUCACCUUCGAAGCACUCUACGGCAGAGCAGGCUAGAAGAGCAUUUGAAGAACUAGAAUGCUUGAUGAACUUUGUUGACAAUGAUAUGCAGGAACUAUUGCAUAUACGGCGUCAGAUUAGAGAGAACGAAUUGCAGAAAAUUCAUUUCGAGCACCUCUGGCUGUUGUUUCAGCCAGGUGUAAUUGUCAUCUCCCCAAAUACUACUUCCAAACUGAGGGCCUACCAAGUGCUUCACGUGACUGGCGGACGCCGAAUCAUCGAUCCCGAUAACCAUUCCAAGAGCGAAGGCCCGGAUAGCCUCGACAACAUGGAUUACGAUAAUCAAGAAGGAUACGCUUAUGGGCCGAGACCGCAACGGUUCGUUAUCUCCGAGUUUGUUGGCGAACGCCGUAUUUCAUCUUUGCCUAUCUAUCCUCCCAACCAGACUCAGGUCAAUGAACACAUUCUGGAUCGUCUAAGAGAGCGAGGUCGGAAGUUUGUGCAUUGUACCACAAGAAAAAGGCUCCUUUACAAUGGAGCCAUAUUACAAGAGUGGGACCCUGGUCACAGAGACACUUGUGGGGUUUGCGCUGGAAACUACGUAGGCCAAGAGCAGCGAAGCAGUGAAGUUAUCAUCGACCACGUCGCCGCCCUUGAACACUGUAAGCAGUCCGGCUGUACCUGGAAUCCGUCGUUCGGGGGAAGCGUGAUUGCAAAAGCCACCAAGGCCAACAGAAGAGAAUCUUUCGAGACCAUAGACUGUUCGAUACCUAACUGCAGAGCGUGCACCGACGUCUUUGAUGAUGGGGUGGGCGACCUAAAUUCCCGAGAUCAGUUUAUUCGCUCUUCUAGAAGCUUAAGGGCACUCCGUCAACAUGAGCUAGAGGACGAACAGAUCCUUCUACUACCGAACCGAAUAUGUGGAUAUUCUUUGCAAAGUAAUAAGUGGUACCCACUUUAUGUCUAUCUCCUCAUGUCAACUGAAGCACCGUCCGUCGGCCUAAACGAAAUCAUCCUUCCUGCUGGCCACAAGGAAAUGCUUACCUCGUUAGUCAGGGGCCAGUCUCCUGGAACCCGUGGAAUUCAAGAUAAUUUACCCGAUCAUCAAGACAUCGUCGUUGGCAGGCGCCGUGGUGUCGUUAUUUUGCUACAUGGAACUCCAGGAACAGGAAAGACAGCCACGGCAGAAGCACUUGCUGCUAGUCUCGAUAAACCACUUUUCUUGAUCAGAGUUGCAGCCCUUCGGGGUACAUCACGAGAGAUGGAACAGUAUUUGACUCAAUCUUUUCAUCUAGCAGAGCGAUGGGAUUGUAUCAUAUUGGUACGCGAGGCAGAUGCUCUCCUAAAAUCACGUACCUUCGCAGACCAUGAAGGGAACACUAUGACUUCAGUCUUCCUCGAUGCACUCGAGUAUUUCUCGGGAAUCCUUAUUUUUAAGACUAACCGAGUCGGCCAAUUCGACGAGGCCAUCACAUCCCGUCUUCAUCUUUCACUUCAUUAUCCCCAAUUAAACAUUGCCACCACAAUGGAGCUUUGGAAGCUAUAUCUCAAGCCUCUGCGUCGCAAUCCGCACCUUAUAGUUGACGAGAGUGCCAUCCUUGCCCUUGCGGAAUCUAUGCAUAGGCGAUUACGAUGCAAUGGCCGGCAGAUCAAAAAUAUUGUUGAUACUUCCGUAACCAUCGCGCAAGAGGACGCAGAACGAUCCAACGAAGAAACAGUGGAGCUGAGUGACAAACAUGUUGAAAUUGUCUUCAGAUCAAACCAAAUAUUCCGUGAAUAUGUAACAGGUAUUCAUGACAACAAUGAACCGCUCCAUGCUCUGGCAGGAGAGCCGCCUCUACCCGAGAGCGAAAUCAGAUCUGCAUCAACUUUUAAUCAGCCGAACAAGACACAACAGAUCAGAAGGCCAGACGCACGAGCUUCUACCAGUCUUUCCUUCAUCGUUGACGAGUAUCCUUAA